CCGAAGCCCACACUCCCGGCGCACAAUAGCACCCCCGGCUCUCGAAAACCCAAACCAACUUACAUAACAGCUUGCGCCAAAACAACACGAAAGGCAGGAGGAAGAACAAGUAGAAACCCAGAUGAGUGCCACGCCAAUCGCCGCUCUCAACUCCAAAGACCGCUUCCCCCGGAAAUCACUCGCUGUGAAUUGUAAGUGGGAUGUGAUCUGUUACCGAGUUUUGAAUUUGGUUUGGUGGGUUUUAUGUGCAUUGGUUGCAUUACAUGUUGGACUCGGAGGUCAGUGACCAGCUUGUGGCUGCGGCCGAGGUUGGGGAGGGUGAUGUGGUGUUGGAAAUUGGGCGAAAUGGUUCUUUGACUAAUGUUCUUAUCAACGCCGGUGCCACUGUGCUCGCUAUUGAAAAGGAUCCAUACAUGGCUACUCUUGUAAGCGAAAAAUUUGCGGAGACUGGUCGGUUGAAGGUUUUGCAUGAAGACUCUGUUAAAUGUCAUAUUCAUUCAGAUUUGUCAUCAUUGUUGAGAAGUAUAGAGUCAUCCGGUGCAAGUUUAAGGCAGGCAUAAGUAGUCGCUAAUAUAUCCUUUAAUAUAAGUACAGAUGUAGUCAGACAACUUCUUCUGAUGGGUGACAUUUUCUCUGAAGUAGUUCUUUUACUCCAGGAGGAGACAGCUUUUCGCCUGGUGGAGUCAUAUCUGCGGACAUCUGAGUGCCGGCCUGUCAACGUCUUCGUCAAUUUCUAUUCAGAUCCGGUAUUCAAAUUUAAAGUCCCCAGGGCAAACUUCUUUCCUCAGCCUAAUGUUGAUGCUGCUGUGGUUAAGUUUAGGCUCAAGCAACCUGCACAUUAUCCCCCAGUUUCUUCAACUAAAAGCUUCUUCUCUAUGGUCAAUUCAGCUUUUAAUGGGAAACGCAAAAUGUUGCGGAAAACACUUCAGCACAAAUGCGCACCCUCGGAGAUUGAAAGUGCUUUGGAAAAUGUUGGUCGACCUGCCACGUCAAGACCAGAAGAGUUGACCACAGAGGAUUUUGUGAACCUGCAUAAUUUGAUUGUGAAAUAGUAACCUUUCGCCGUCUCA